AUCGGCGAAUCUGCGACACUCGUACACAUCCUUCAUUGACACGUCAUUUAAAACUUCGAAGACGGAAGCUCUCACCACGAAGCUUAAGCCUGCUCUUCUUCUUCUUCUCCGCAGAGAACCCGGGGUAUUUAUUUUAAAAAAUGGGGGGUUUCUUCUCCAGCUUGUUUUCGGGUCUCUUCGGCACCAGAGAGAUGAGAAUUCUUAUCCUGGGUUUGGACGGUGCUGGAAAGACCACAAUCCUCUACAGACUGCAAGUUGGAGAAGUCGUCACGACCAUCCCCACUAUUGGUUUCAACGUUGAAACUGUGACUUAUAAGAACCUGAAGUUCCAAGUGUGGGAUCUUGGUGGACAGACCAGCAUCAGGCCGUACUGGCGCUGCUAUUAUUCCAACACAGAUGCCGUGAUCUACGUUGUGGACAGCAGUGACCGUGACAGGAUGGGUAUCUCGAAGUCUGAGCUGGUGGCUAUGCUGGAGGAGGAAGAACUGAAGAAAGCCAUCCUAGUUGUCUUUGCCAACAAACAGGACAUGGAGCAAGCCAUGACGCCCACUGAGGUGGCCAACUCCCUGGGGUUACCUGCACUCAAAGACAGGAAGUGGCAGAUCUUCAAAACCUCUGCCACCAAAGGAACAGGCCUGGACGAGGCCAUGGAAUGGUUGGUGGAGUCUCUGAAGAGCCGACAGUAAUUGCACUUGCACCACUCCCUGUAAAUACUUCUGCAUCUUCUGACUUCUUGUUGAAAGACUUUGGUGCCCUUUGGACCAGUGACUGCAUUCCCCUUUCCCCUUUCUGUGAAGCCAUUUUUCUUGUACCCUUUACUUAAAAUGAAGCUGCAGUGACAGAACAUUUGGGCAUCAGUACAGCCGGAAAACUGCAGAUCCACUGGUUCGCGGUUCAUAUGGACUCUGCACUUGAGCUCUAGGAAGCACGGCGGUCCUAUAGUUGUGCCGAUUCAUCCAUAACGACGUCAGUUAGACCCGUUCUUCCUGUAAGGCAUAUCCACUACAUUGGAGUAUCAUAAUCGUAGAGUUUUGCUUCUCGUCUUUCCCCCUUUAAGCUUGGUACCAGACUGUUGAAAGGCUCUUCUUCUUCUUCUGCUUCUUCAGUAUCUAACUACACCUGGGUAUUUUAAUGGGUUGUUUAUUUAAGACUAAUCGUUGUUUGUAAGCAGUGGAUUUGUCAUUGCGUAUUUAUAUUCAAGCAUGCACAGUGGACGAUACUGUUUGUUGUGUUAACACUGAAAUAAAUCUGGUAUCAACAGUA